UGCACUCGCUUGGGUUCCGCGAUGUCGAAGAAGCCGGCGGCGCAGCCCACGCUGCACAAGGUGAUCAUGGUGGGUUCGGGUGGCGUGGGCAAGUCGGCGCUCACGCUUCAGUUCAUGUACGACGAGUUCGUCGAAGACUACGAGCCGACCAAAGCUGACAGUUAUAGGAAAAAGGUAGUGCUGGACGGCGAGGAGGUACAGAUCGACAUCCUCGACACGGCGGGACAAGAGGACUACGCCGCAAUCCGGGACAACUACUUCCGCUCAGGGGAGGGCUUCCUCUGCGUGUUCUCCAUCACCGAACCCGAGAGCUUCGACGCGACACAGGAGUUCAGGGAGCAGAUCCUGCGGGUAAAGAACGACGAGAACAUCCCGUUCCUGCUGGUGGGCAACAAGUCGGACCUGGGCGACAAGCGCCGCGUGCCGCUGGACGCGUGCCGCGAGCGCGCCGCGCACUGGCAGGUGCCCUACGUCGAGACCUCCGCCAAGACGCGCGACAACGUCGACAAGGUGUUCUUUGACCUGAUGCGCGAGAUCCGAUCGCGCAAGUCGGACGACAGUCGCGCGACAAACGGCGACGUUAAGAGGACGAAGCGCAGGAAACUGAAAUGCGCCAUUUUGUAG